CAUUUUGUGUUUUCUUGUUUUGUUCUACAGCCUAUCUCUCUGGACCUUGUGGAUAAGUUGGAGAGACUUGCUCUUGUAGACUUUGGCAGCCAGGAAGGUGUUGAGUGUCUGGAGAAAUCCAUCUGCUUCGCUGAUCAGAUCCAUGUCGUUGGCACGGACGGUGUGGAACCAAUGGAUUCUGUUCUAGAGGACAGAGCUUUGUAUCUGAGAGAAGACACAGUAACUGAGGGAAACUGCACAGAGGAACUUCUUCGACGCUCCAGAAUCACAGAGGAGGAAUAUUUUGUAGCACCUCCAGGAAACAUCCCUCUUCCGAAGAGAGAGCAGCGAACCACCAUGCUGAAGCACUCAGAGCUCUGAGAU